UUAAGUGUGAAUGAUUUUUACAAGCGGAAAAUUGUAGACUAAGCAGAUCGCCGGACGCAUCAUCCCCGCCAUUGCGACGACCACUGCUGCCAUCGCUGGUCUGGCAGUACUUGAAUUUUACAAGAUCGUAGCUGCUGCUGGGAAAAUAAAGUUGUCAAAUCUAAAGAACGGUUUCGUGAAUUUAGCGUUACCAUACUUUGGGUUCGCCGAGCCCGUGGCAGCCCCCAAACGAAAGUACUAUGACAAAGAGUGGACGCUGUGGGACUGCUUUAAUGUAACCGGCGAUAUGACGUUGCAGCAAUUUCUAGACUACAUGAAGACCGAACAUCGCUUGGAGGUGACGAUGCUCUCACAAGGGGUCAGUAUGCUGUAUUCGUUUUUCAUGCCGCUCGCCAAACGCCAGCAGAGAAUGACGAUGACUAUCUCGCAGUUGGUCGAAUCAAUCACCGGCCAUAAGAUCCCGAGCUUUGUCCAGGCGUUGGUGCUGGAGCCGAUGUGCUCUGACGACCAGGGCGAAGACGUCGAAGUUCCUUACAUCAGGUACCAGCUGCCGAAACCUAUGUUACGGUGAGA